AUGGAGACUCGCCAGUCUGCGCGCAAGCGCAGAAGCAAUUCCAUCUCUGAUUCAAGAAGCACUUCACCCAUCUCACACCGGACAAGAGGCGGGAUGAUUGGAGAAGCAAUGCUAAACAUGCACAAGCCUGCUGCGAGUACCCCAAAGAAGGCAAGAAAGCGGGUCCGAUUCUCGGAUCCUGGUCCUCGGCUGCUUGAUACUCCGGUUUGCUCGACUGGCCUCACGCCUGCAAUGAAGCGCACCUCGUUUAUAGAGUCUGGCAUUGGUUGCUCGAGGUCCGGUAAUGGUACACCUAGUGGGCGCGCCCACCGACGGAGAUCAGCCCCCACACCGCGCUUCCAGACGUCGUAUGACAUUGAAGCAUUCGAUGAAUCGAGUACCAGAAGGGUGAUACAAUUUACUCCUCUGCGUCAAAUCUUAGAUACCCGGACGCAAAGGAGAAUACGACGCUUUGGUCUAAGCGACGAGAUCAAUAGCAUUCAGCGUGAAAAGCGGGAGUCGGCGAAUUUCGAAAAGACACUCGAGGGUUUACGACAGGAGCGAGAUGCUCUCCAACAUGAACUCAAUGCCUUGAAACAAAGGCAAGAAAUUCCGGGGGAACAGCUGCCUUCAUAUGAGUCUUUCUGGAUGUCCCCUCAAGUCCGUGUUCGCGAACUCGAGCGUGAAACUAAUAGAAUUCGAGAUGAAAUCUCGGUGGCUUCAAAUCAGAGCUUCGAUGUGCAAGAAACAUCAAUCGACAACGACGGAGAUACCUUCACCCUUAACGAUAGUGCCGUCAUCAUUUCCAACUCACCGGAUCUUCGUGCUAUGCACUCGCCGGUACCAGACAGCCCCGCAAGAUUUGAUCGGACGAAUGCCGAGAUCUCGACUCAAACAGACGUUUUGAAAACGACGGAGAACUCUGAUAUACAGACUCUCACCUUUGAUUUGGAGACUGCCAAGAAUGAGAAGAGGGAGCUUUUCCAUGCCUGCCGCAGGCAUCUUUCUACAUUUGAGGCAUCUGGCUUCGGUGAGACUCUUCGUCAAUCAUCUCCACCCCCCGAUUUCUUCGACAAUGUUAUCGACAUCUUGACGAUGGCGCUCUCCCGUGCCUCUGAUGCCACCCAAACCCUGGAGGGUAUAAGCCAAGAGUGUUCCAGCCUGGGAUUCACCGGCUCCAGCACAGAUGAAGUCAUUGACGACAUGCGAAGUCACUUCCGCGCUGCACGCCUUGAGCUAGAGCGAGCUAUUCCUGGUGAAACCGCAAACGUGAGCCUCGAGGAUGGAAAGGCCACCCUCCGUGCAUUGGUACACCGAGUCAAGUCUCUUGCAAACGACUUGAAAGCAGAGCGUGACCACUAUCAAGGCUCGCUUGGUCGUGAAAAGGCGCUUCGUGGUCAAUUUGAUAACCUCCUACACCGGUAUGAAGCGGCAGCGGAUAAGAUCAGCAGCCUCGAGGACUCGAUCGCAUCAUCUGCGAGUGAUAUGCUUCACACGAGAAUUCGACUGCAAGAUCUCGAAAACGAAGACCAGGAGAAAAGUAUUGGGAUUGACAGAUUAAACGCCGCCCUCGAUAAGUACCACGACGAUGUGAGAGGUCUGGAAGAGAUGGUGAGCCGUUUGGAAGACGAGAACGUGGCCACCAAGGAAAGAUACCGACAAAGAAUCUCCGAAUUGAAAGCUCAAGUCAUGAGUGAGCGCCAGCAGCGUUCUGCGAUUGAAAUUUCGACUUCGGAAACUGAGGCCCGCAUCCGCCAGCUUGAAGAAACCGUGGAGCAGAACAGAGUUCGUGCUUGUGAUCUCACAACAGAGAUGGAGAUUCUGGAGAAAGAGCAUCAGGCAGUGCUUGAGCGUCUAGAGCAAACAGCAAGCGAGCAACACCAACAUUAUGAAGAAGAGAUUGGGACUCUCAACGUUCGCAUCUCGGAACUCACAACAUCGCUCGAAGGCGCACGGUCGGAGGCGCAGCGGCUGGGACAAGUCAACAACGGUCUUGAAGAGCAAUUACGGAUAGAGAUGGAAGCCCGUGACGAACUGCUCGACAAAUGGGCAAUCGAGCAAGCGCGCUCAUUUGCGUUCAUGAAAGAGUCCAUUAAUUCAGAGCGUCGCCGUGCCAAGGUGCGCGCUGCAAACUGGGAGCUUAGAUCAGACGACCUCAUGUCCGAUGGGACAACGAUGAUGGGCAGCGAGCCUAUUACUCCCGUUAGCAUGACUCGCUUUGUUGACGUUGAGAUGGGUAGAGGCAAGAAUCGCCGUCGUCUGGAUAGUGGAAUUGGGAUUCUCUCCGAGGACGAUCUUCUUGAAAGUGAAAGUCUUGCGGAUCUGGGCCGUGGAGUAGACUCUGACAUGGACUUGCCUCCUUUCGGAUUAUCUUGA